AUGGCCGUCAGAACCCAAUUUGAAAACUCAACAGACAUCGGAGUAUUCUCCAAACUCACCAAUGCUUACUGCUUAACAGCCUUAGCAUCGUCAACCAACUUCUACUCCGUCUUCGAAUCCGAACUUGCCGACGUCAUCCCCAUAGUCCACACCACAAUCGGAGGAACACGUAUAGUCGGUCGAUUAACCGCUGGAAACAGACACGGUCUAUUGGUUCCUUCCACAACGACAGAUCAGGAAUUACAACAUCUUCGAAACUCCCUUCCUCCCUCUGUAGCCAUUCAGCGAAUCGAAGAGAGGCUGAGUGCACUGGGAAACGUAAUAGCAUGUAAUGAUUAUGUCGCCUUGGUUCAUCCUGAUAUAGAUAGAGAGACGGAAGAGAUCAUUGCGGACACGUUGAAAGUAGAAGUUUUCAGACAGACCGUUGCGUCUAAUGUAUUGGUGGGAAGUUAUUGUGCUUUGUCGAACCAGGGAGGCCUCGUUCACCCAAAAACAUCUCGAUCCGAACUCGACGAAUUAUCAUCCUUACUCCAAGUACCAUUAGUUGCUGGAACAGUCAACAGAGGUUCAGAAGUCAUAGGUGCAGGUCUGGUAGUUAACGAUUGGUGUGCUUUCACCGGUUUGGAUACUACCGCUACUGAGAUCAGUGUUAUCGAAGCUACUUUCCGUCUACAAGGUCAAACUUCCGCUGCUGUCAUCAAUGAAAUGCGCGAUUCCCUUAUUGACCACUACGCAUAA